AUGAAGCUAUAUGACGGCACCACAGAUCCUAACGACCAUGUUGCUCAAUAUAAGCAAAGAAUGAUCACCAUUUCAAUCCCAAAAAACAUGCGAGAGGCAUGCAUGUGCAAAGGCUUCGGCUCAACGCUGAUUGGGCCGGCAUUACAGUGGUUCAUUAAUCUCAAUAAUGGGAUUAUUUCUUCUUUUGCUCAAUUAGUCAACACCUUUAAUAUGCAGUUUGCUAGUAAUCGUAUGAUGGAAAAGCAAGCUAGUGAUUUGCAUAGGAUUGUACAAAAAUCUGAUCAAUCUCUUAAGGAAUUUGUGAACAGGUUUAAUAGGGAAAAGGUGUCCAUUCCAAACUGUGACUCCCGGACGGCCAUCGAAGCUUUCAAGCGAGGGUUGGAGGAAGAAUCAAACCUCUACAAGGAGUUGACCAAGUAUCCUUGCCCGACGUUCGAAGACGCCCAAGCUAAGGCGUUGGCCCAAAUCAGGCUGGAAGAAGACAUGCAGUCCAGAAAAGCUUAUGCUAACGUUGACAGCCGGAAGACAGUGACCAGUAAGCAGACGUCAUGGCGCCAUAAGCCAUACGAGCGACCGCAGCAAGUCCAUAGCGUCCGUCAUGUCGGAUCAACCAACGACUGGAAGAAUGAUCCUGGCCUGCCCCCUAGGCUCGCUGAAUACGGCUUCAAUGUCACCAUGGGAGGUAUUAUCAACACUUUACAUUCUUUGGGUACUGCUGUAAAAUGGCCUUACAGGAACGAAAAGUCGACGGCAUAUCGCGAUAAAUCCAUAUGGUGUGAAUUCCACGGAGACCAUGGGAAUCAUACCGACGAAUGCGUCGCCCUGAGACGGGAAGUGGCUCACCUUUUGAAGCAAGGAUAUCUGAAAGAUUUGCUGACAAAAAAAGGAAAAUAA